CGUUUAAAUUGCUCGUUUUUCCAUGUACACAACGAUGGCAGAUUUUAACGACGGGGUGGAUGGAAAGCUAGCUUUUAGAAUGCGAAAAGUUAAUCCCGAGCAAUUUCACACGCUUGUAAAAAUGCAUCUUUCCUUUGAAUUGGAUCUUAACACGGAAGACAGUGAUAGUGUUACUGAGAAAGCAAGAUUGAAGAAGUGGGGUCUUCUGAGCUUUACCAAGAAAUCCAAAUCUUCAGUCAAUUUAGAAAAAGGUACAGAUGGUGUUAUGUUAUGUGAAGAUGGUAUAAAUCAUUUGACGCAAUUGAUAGAUUAUCUGUCCAAGGAACAAAAUAUCAUACAAGAGGGAAUAUUCCGACGGACUGGAAAAUUGACAAGGCAGCAGGAUUUAAAAACAGCUAUGUCUCAGGGUAUAUUUUUAGAUCUCGAUGAUGGUAGAUUUAGUGUACAUGAUUGUGCCUCUGUGUUAAAAACGUUUCUGGCAGAACUGUCUGAACCACUCUUAACAGAUUUACAUUAUCCAGCACAUUGCCAGAUUGCUGAAUUGUGCAGCUUAGAUGCAAAAACAAAUGAUGCAAGACUACUGAGUUCCUUACAAUUGCUGUUGCUACUUUUGCCACCUCCUAACAGAAUUUUGUUGAAAGCUAUUGUUACCUUAUUGAAUAAGACAGCGAGUUACGAGCAUAGUAACAAAAUGAACAGUGACACACUAGCCACUCUAUUUACACCUCACCUAUUGUGUCCACGAAAACUGUCACCUGAAGCUUUACAUAUAAAUUCUCAAAAUCUGUCGUGUCUAGUUGCAUUUAUGAUUAGGAAAGGUAUAGAAUUGUUUGAGAUUCCACCAAAAUUGGCUACAGAUAUAAGAGCAUAUUGGGUGGAGCAAGAGAGAAAAUUGCUGAGUCCUAAAAAGACUGAUCUGAACGAGUCGGUACCAGAUGCAACUAGUACAGCCCAUACUGUGUUCAGUUUUGUCGAUCGUAAAUUAACAGCGAAGGCUAAUUCCACGCAAGACACACAGGCAGCCUUGGCUCAGCUAUACGCUCAUAUACAAGCCAUGCCGGAAUCUGCCAAAAAGCGGCGACUUGUAAAACAAUUUAACAAGGAAAAUGGACAGGGUACACCUAGGCACGUAAAGAAUUGCAAAACCAAAAGUCUUGGAGAUUCCAUCAAGAAACAUAUUUUUCAAAAGAAAAUCCUAGGCCACAAGAAAUUUAUCGAUAUAAAUAUUGGAUGCAAUAUUACUAGAUCAAGCAGUGAAGAAAAUAUAUUAUCAACGAAAUUAGAAGAUUCAUUUCUUCCGACAAGAGCGGUUCUUAGCAAAUCAAAUGACGAACUGAGCACGGAAAACUGUGAUACAACUAAUAACGAUCUUUUACGUGCCAAACAUACGAAUAGUAUAGAUAGCAUUAAGAAUGAGACUUUGACAAGUUGUAAAGCAAAAAAAAUAAUAUUAAUCGAUGAAUCUGCAGAUACAAAAGAUGAGUUGAAUGGAAAACACACACAUGAUACAAAACAGGAUUUCGAUUUGGUCGAACUCAGUUUGAGUUCAAGUUUACAAGAGAUUAAUGUAACGAUUAAUGAGGAUAGUCACUUUGACACUAAUAAAUUAACACGACCACUUAGUGAGCCACCUGACUUGUAUUCUACUCGUAAUGAUAAUUCUAUGGAUAAUAAUAAAUUUGUGCGGCGAAAUUCGGAAUCUAUUCUCACAUCUAUUGCAACAGCAAAUGUAAAAAGUUUCCCUUCAAAAACUUGUAUCUCGAAUGUAAAAUCAUCUGAAACUACUUUGAAUGUUGAAUCGCAUGCUGAAAAUGCAUGUACGCAUAAUUUACAAUCUCCGAUGGUCAAAAAUAGAUUUAGGAAUGUGUACGCUGUUCAUACAUCGACACCAUCGAGUUUAUUACGAAGCCUGGCAACUAACGACUAUAUCUUGACUCCUAUUACUAACAAUGAUAGAAGCAUGAGUCCGAUUACACAAAGCGCAACAAAGAUGACGAAAGCCAUGCAGGAAACUAUGAUGACUCCGCGCUCCAGGAAGCCUGUAAUGAUUGUUUCAACUUCGAAUCUAUGCAAUCUCGUCACUGGCAGCAAUAGUUGCGAUUUACAUGGACCAAAUCUAGACAUGGUCGGUACAAUAAAUAAUUGUGCUUCUAUUUUAGAGGAAUCCCAAACAUACAGCAGUACAGACAAUGCGCUAGCCUACACAAAAGAUGUCGAGAAUAAAGAAAAUAACAGAUUAGAUACGCUCGAGAAACAUAGCUGUAUACAAUCCGUUGCAAACUGUUGCGCCUGUACGCAACAAAGUUCAAUGUCCAUAACGAGCACGUUCAGAGAAUAUCUGUUAUCGAGAAGUGUAUUAACCGCCAGUCCUGUCGAUCUUAGUUUUACAUCACGGACAGGAGACUUUGAGCAGUCGGAAUCCGAUUUGAAUAUAUUGAAUGAUGAUACGUUGUCUGAUAGUUUAUUGUGUUGUUUGGACGGUAAUCAACCAGAAUCUGACACUUCCGGUAUUGCGUCUGGCAGCACGAAUAGUGCGAAUAAUUCCACUGAGAAACCAGAGGAAUUACUUUCUCCAAGAAAACGAGGGACCAGUUUACAACGAAAUGAUUCUAAAAAAUCCACGAGAGAAAGUGUGGUCAAGAGCACAAGAAGCGAAGAGUGCAAACAUAAACUGCGCGAUGAAUCGACGUUAAAUCCAACAAAAAUGAAAGAUAGCUUUCAAGAGACAUCAUUUUAA